AGUGCUGCAGACAUUUUUUGUUGUGCGGGAAUUUUGCAGACUUUUCCAACCCUGUCUGAAGAUAAUUGAAAUUUUUAACUGGCAUCUCUGGUUAUCACAACUAAUCGCUGUUUUCAUUGAGAGAAGAUAAAAUAAAUUUACGUUUUGAGUAAAACAAAGAGGAAACUACUAUAACGAACUUGUAAAUCAUGGAUUUGGAAUUAAAGAAGGCAUUUACUGAAAUGCAGAUGAACAAAAUUGAAUCAACGAAGAAAAUCCGUCUAUUGGAUAUGAAAACAGAUAGCUUGAAAGUAUCUAAGCAGCGAGUUGAACUAACAAACAAGGAAAUAUCACAACUUGAACCCGAUACCAAUGUAUAUGCAUCUGUCGGAAGAAUGUUCGUACUAUCAGAUGUACUUACAUUAACAGAUGAGAUGAAAACGAAACAAAACAACGUUGAGGAAAUGAUUAGCCAGUGUGAAAAAAAUAAAGAAUUUUUACUGAAGAAUCUUAAAGAGCAGGAGGACAGUUUGAGGGAACUGGUACAACAGAAAAGAUUAGAAUCCACGGUAAAGGAAAACGGAACGAAUUCAAAGAAGGAUGAUAAGGACUAGUUUGUGAUUGAAGUGUUUGUAAGGAAAUUUCGAAUAUCAAGAAGUUAAGUCAGUGUAGUUUUUGUUUUUUCAACAUUCUUGUUAAAUAAAACUACAUUUUCUGUAA